CCGGCGAGACGAGCGGCGUAUCAGGGAAUCGGGUCGGAGAGCGCGUUCGCACCUGUGGAACGGGAGCUUGUGUUCGACAUUGAUAUAAGCGACUACGACGAUGUGCGAACUUGCUGCUCAGGAGCGUCGGUGUGCACAAAAUGCUGGCCGCUUAUGACAGCUGCCAUUAAAGUCGUCGACACUGCCCUUAGAGAGGAUUUUGGUUUCGAGCACAUUUUGUGGGUGUUCAGUGGCAGACGAGGCGUGCAUUGCUGGGUGUGCGACAGGCGAGCAAGGAGGCUAACCAAUGAGCAACGGUCUGCAGUGGCUGAAUAUUUCCGAGUGUAUAAGGGAACUGAAGCCAAUGGAAGCAAGGUGUCAUUCUCGGGUGCAGCUCUCCAUCCCUCCCUCAUGAGGGCAUACGACCAAGUAUUGCGGGGCACAUUCGAGGGCGACGUGCUGCCAAACCAAGAGCUGCUAAGCCAACCAGACACGUGGAAGAGGGUGCUGAAUCAACUGCCAGACCAAGAGCUGCAGGAUCGGAUGGAUGCCACGUGGCGCAGCGACAGCAGGCGUGCGUCAGCAGCUGCUGACGUCAACCUGUACAGGUGGCAGCAGUUGGAGGCCACCACACGAGCUGCGGCUAAGAAGAAUGUAACCCUAAGGAAGGCUGUAGAGGAGAUAGUGUUUGCCUUCACAUACCCUCGCCUCGAUCUGGAGGUCUCAAAGCACAUGAACCAUUUGCUCAAGGCCCCGUUCUGCGUGCACCCAAAGACAGGUGCUGUGUGUGUGCCCAUCGACCCAGCCAACUGUGCUGACUUCGAGCCAAGCCAAGCCCCCACACUCAAUCAGCAGGUGGAUGGGAUCGAUGCGGCUCAUGGGGCAUCAGAUCUAAUGAAUGAGAUCAAUGCAGCCCAUCGGGAAUCAGAUGGCGCCGCUGCUGCACCCACUGGCAGGCCUCCUUGCCUUAAUUCUCCCUCCUUAUCCUCCACCGUUCUCCCCCGCCCUUCCCUCCCCUCACAGCUGAUGAAUGAGAUCAAUGCAGCCCAUCGGGGACCAGAUGGCGCCGCUGCUGCGGCCAUGGGUAAGGGCUCCUUGCCUCUUUUCCUCCUCCUCACCUUCCUUACCUCUACCCUUAUUUCUGUCCUUCGUUUCGUGCCUUGUCGAUACUCUGGUGCAUUUGAUGUGCAAUACGUGGACUUUUGA